UUUCAGUACGAAUUGUUUGUUGUAUUGAGAUCAAAGAUCCCCAAACCUGUACUUUCUCCUCCCCUUCUCUUUCUCAGGCAUGGGGUUUGAACCACCUCGCAGAUGCAUCUCCUUACCCUAGACCGAUCCCUCGCCGAAUUCACUCGAGCUCAUCCCACCAUUAUCGCAAGCGUGGCAGCGGCGAAGCCCACAAACACCAUGUACUUGGCCGAGAAGCCCCGCGGCGUCGAUUUCUACAACAACAGUGGCUUGCCGUCACCUCCGCAGCCGCAGCAGCAGAUGAUUUUGGGCGACAGCAGCGGCGACGAUCAUGAGGUCAAGGCGCCAAAGAAGCGCGCCGAGACGUGGAUCCAAGAGGAGACGAGGAGCCUCAUCGCCUUCCGUCGAGAGAUCGAUGGGUUCUUCAAUACCUCCAAGUCGAACAAACACCUGUGGGAGCAGAUCUCCGCUAAGAUGCGGGAGAAAGGCUUCGACAGGUCGCCGACUAUGUGCACGGAUAAGUGGAGAAACUUACUAAAGGAGUUCAAGAAGGCGAAGCACCAGUCCAAAGGAAGCGGUUCGGCCAAGAUGUCAUACUACAAGGAGUUGGAUGAAUUGCUCAAAGAGAGGAGCAAGAAAGCCAGCUUCAAGAGCUCUUCGGUGUCAAAGGUUGACACAUACCUUCAGUUUCCUGAUAAAGGUCUUGAAGAUGCAAACACUCCUUUUGGAUCUGUCGAAGGUGGUAGGUCACCACUCAACCUUGACAGAACACUAGAGCAUGACAGACAUCCACUUGCUAUAACGGCAGCUGAUGCUGUUGCUGCUAAUAGUGUUCCCCCAUGGAACUGGAGAGAUGCUUCUGUGAAUGAUAAUAGUGCCUCUUAUGUUGGAAGAGUCAUUUUAGUCAAAUGGGGUGAUUUCUCGAGAAAACUUGGCGUUGAUGGCACUGCAGACGCGAUCAAGGAAGCCAUCAAGUCUGCAUUUGGUUUAAGAACAAAAAGGGCUUUUUGGUUAGAGGAUGAAGACAAUGUGGUUCGUAGCUUUGACAGAGAAAUGCCUCUUGGUUCCUAUACUCUGCAUCUUGACGAGGGUGUAACUAUAAAAGUUUGUAUUUACGAUGACACUGGUCCAGUUCGUACUGAAGAAAAAACACUGUACACUGAGGAUGAUUUCCAUGAUUUCCUUUCUCACCGCGGUUGGAUGGGCCUCAGGGAGUUGAGCAGCUUUAAAAAUGUGGAUUCUCUCAAUGAACUUCAUCCGGGUGCGAUGUAUCAGGGAGUUAGAUUGCUUAGUGAUUAAUUAGAUGUAAUGUUCUUGCGAAGUGUGGGAGUCAUGCUUUGUGCGUCUAUAGUUUAAGUGAGUCAUGCUGCAUGUGCUUGUUUUAGAGAUCCUUGUGCAGUAGCAGGGCAAGUUGUGGCGAUGGUAUAGCUCUAUGAAACCUGUAGAUAUAAACAAGAGAAAUUGAUAGGAACAUUUUAGUACUAUUUUAUGCUACAAAGUGGCUAGUUGGAACUAA